CACAGAAACUGUAGUUCCAAAAAUCCAUCAAUGGAAACUCUAUUAAACCCAUCAAAAACCCCAAAACUCUUUGCAUCAAAAACUCAUCUCUUUAAAUCAUCUCUUCUUCAUUCCAUUUUCAAUCCCCAACCCCAUACUCUCUUCAACAGAAGACCUCUCUCUGUCACCAUUACUUGCAAAGUGAAAACCUCCCAAGGUCCUAAAAAUGAUGGGAAAAACAUAUCCAAGAAGAUUUUGCUAUCGGACUCUGCUCCAGAACUGAGUAAUGGAGAAGUUAAGGGUAAGCCAACGAAUGGAGUUGGAGCUUGGGGCCUGGUUACGAAGUUGCCCAAAAGAGUUUUGGCUGUUUUGUCGAACUUGCCUUUGGCUAUUGGAGAAAUGUUUACUGUUGCUGGCCUUAUGGUUCUUGGUACUGCAAUUGAUCAAGGUGAAGCCCCAGAAUUCUAUUUUCAACAAUACCCUGAAGAAAAUCCAGUUUUGGGAUUCUUCACUUGGAGAUGGGUUCUUACCCUGGGAUUAGAUCACAUGUUCUCAUCUCCCAUUUUCCUUGGAACGUUGGUUCUUCUGGCUACAUCACUUAUGGCCUGCACUUACACAACACAAAUUCCCCUUGUGAAAGUUGCAAGAAGAUGGAGCUUCUUGCAAUCAGCUGAUGCUAUACGAAAGCAGGAAUUCUCAGAAGCUCUUCCUAGAGCAUCCGUUAAAGAUUUGGGUGUUGUUCUGAUGGGAGCUGGAUAUGAGGUUAUAUUCUCCUCUUCUUGCUAUGUUUUCUUGAAAGGACCAUCACUAUAUGCUUUUAAGGGGCUGGCUGGUCGAUUUGCUCCAAUUGGAGUACAUUUAGCAAUGCUGUUGAUAAUGGCAGGUGGAACUCUUAGUGCAACUGGGAGCUUCAGAGGGUCAGUCACCGUUCCACAGGGGCUCAAUUUUGUUAUGGGAGAUGUAUUGGGCCCAACUGGGUUUCUUUCCACUCCGACUGAAGCUUUCAAUACUGAAGUUCAUGUGAACAGAUUCUACAUGGACUACUAUGACAGUGGAGAGGUUUCACAAUUUCACACCGACUUAUCAUUAUUUGAUCUCAACGGAAAGGAAGUAACGAGGAAAACACUUAGUGUAAAUGACCCCUUAAGAUAUGGUGGGAUCACCAUAUACCAGACAGAUUGGAGUUUUUCAGCCCUGCAAAUACUUAAGGAUGAUGAAGGACCAUUCAAUUUGGCAAUGGCACCUCUAAAGGUCAAUGGAGACAAGAAGCUUUAUGGGACCUUUCUACCAGUAGGGGACACUGAUUCUCCUAAUGUGAAGGGAAUAUCAAUGCUUGCUCGUGAUCUGCAGUCUAUUGUCCUAUAUGAUCAACAGGGGAAAUUUGCUGGAAUGCGACGACCUAACUCGAAGCUUCCUAUUGAGAUUGAUGGAACAAAAAUCAUAAUUGUUGAUGCAAUUGGCAGCAGUGGUCUUGACUUGAAGACAGAUCCAGGGGUGCCAACAGUUUAUGCUGGAUUUGGUGCUCUAAUGCUCACAACUUGCAUUAGUUACUUGUCUCAUGCACAGAUAUGGGCCUUGCAAGACGGGACAACAGUAAUUGUUGGGGGAAAGACUAAUCGAGCCAAGGCCGAAUUUCCAGAUGAAAUGAAUUGCUUGCUUGAUCGGGUUCCUGAAAUAGUUGAGUCAUGUAUCACCAAGCAACCUGAUAGCAUCGGUGGCUAGCUUUUGAGGCACGAUAUAGGCAAAAGCAUGAGCAUACAAGCUGCUACAAAUUUGAAGUUUCUGGUAAAAUCAAGAUAUUAUUCCAUUUUCAACUUCAUUCCAACUUAAAAAGUGACAAAACUUUCAAGUGAGACCUUGUGCGCCCUAGUCAUGGACAAUGCCAGUUUCACACUUUGGCAGCAGAGGAGCAAAUUUUGAAUUUAUGAAAUGUAUAGUUAUUUAUUGUGGUUCACAGGACAAAGAAACCAAGCCAAGUUCCAUAUACACCAAGUAUUAUACUCACCACUCAUGACUUAAAGCUUCAAAACUACCAAAAGUAUAUUUGUUUAUAGCAAUACCAUUCUUAUUUGUUCCUUUAUCAUUUUCUAUCAUUACUAUCCUUCUAACUUGCUCUCUGGCCAUAACAAAAUAUCACGUGAUUCUGGGUUUGACAUGUAUGGAUCUGUCUUAGCAGAAAAAAAAAAGGCUGAGAAUGUGAUACAAUCUGAGAUGAGGAAAUGAUAUUUGUUCCUUUUUGUAACUUGUUCAGUAGACAUCUGGGGAAGUAUUCAACGAGUAGGAUUUUGAUCUCUCACCAACCAGUUGUUGGUGCAGCCAAUUAGUCUGGUAGGACUUGUGGAGGAGCUGCAAAGCUGAAACUUUUGAUUUCUUGUCACACCAGCAACUGAUGAAAUGUCGAUUCGUCUCUCAAUAUUUCUUCCUAACCAAUGGUAUUUUUGGUUUAUUUGUUUGUUUCUUCUGAUAACAGGAAGAACAGAUUCCAGAAUGAAAGCUAACGUGAAAAAAGUGCUUCCAUAUUUAUUGUGAAAACAGCGCUUCCUCGAAAGAAGCUAUAGCUUCUCAGAAGUUCACAAAUGCAAAAAGAUCAGGUAGGAAAUUGAAAUAGAAGUGCGACUUUAGACUAUCAUAUUUCUAUAGAUGUGAUUGCCAACGAGCCUGAUCCCGUCCCCUUAAAAAUUGACCACGUAUAAGAAGAGUGAUUGGAUUUUCUACCAAUUUCCAAAGUUCGAAAUCCCUCAAGGCCAUAGUGUAAAAUCCAAGAGUAAUUUAUUUUAGGUUAAAAGCAUGCAUUCAUAGGUUUCGAGUUGUGUUCAUAAAAUUUGGCAUAUAUAUUGUAAAAACAAUGAUUUUACCAAAGCACAUAUGUUGGUGAUUCUUCAUUCCAUUUGAUUCUGUUAAAGAAUUUAACGAAAUCUUGAAUCAAUAUCCGAACUGUCUUCUAGCAUAAGAACCUUCACAUAAUUCAUGCUAUGUUUAAAUAUCAUCUUUUCAAUAUAAUUUUCAGUUCAACUCUUGCAGUUUCUGAACCUCAAAAUCAUAUUACAAUUAUUGAAAAGUCGGCAGUAACUUGCAUGGUUUGUAAGUAGCUACACACAUUGAAACUGCAUUAAAGCACUUUUGCAGGUUUGCUUCAAAAGAACUAGCCGAAUCGAAUAUCAAAAUAUAAUGUCUCCAAAUGAACAAAUGACUGAAGUUCAAUCGCUUUUUGGAAACCUAAACCAUUAAAUGCACUUUUCACAUCAAAUGUGAUAUGUGAAGCAACCCUGACUU